UCCCCGUACAUACGCACCCGCGACUUUGCAGCUUUCACCUGAAGGUCUGAGCGAAGCCCGGGCGGCGCACGUGCAGUGGAUACCUCCACCCCCCUGGGAGGCGGGGUCGCGCUCAGAGCCAAUGAGAGCUUGCGGGGUGGAGGGGUAGGGAAGCUUCCAGAGGCCGGUGGGGAGGAAGUUAUAAAGAGGGUACGAGGGGGCCAGCUGGAGAGCCAUGCAGUCCAAGCGGGAUUGUGAGCUGUGGUGUGAGAGGGUGAAUCCAGAGAACAAGGCGGCGCUGGAGGCGUGGGUCAGGGAGACAGGCAUCCGCCUGGUGCAGGUGAACGGGCAGAGGAAGUAUGGCGGGCCACCCCCAGGCUGGGUGGGCAGCCCGCCGCCAGCUGGGUCAGAGGUGUUCAUCGGGCGGCUGCCUCAGGACGUGUACGAGCACCAGCUUAUCCCGCUGUUCCAGCGCGUGGGCCGCCUCUACGAGUUCCGCCUGAUGAUGACCUUCAGCGGCCUGAACCGCGGCUUCGCCUAUGCCCGCUACAGCUCGCGGCGCGGCGCGCAGGCCGCCAUCGCCACGCUGCACAACCACCCGCUGCGGCCGUCCUGCCCGCUGCUCGUGUGCCGCAGCACCGAGAAGUGUGAGCUGAGCGUUGACGGCCUGCCGCCGAAUCUGACCCGCAGCGCGCUGCUGCUCGCGCUGCAGCCGCUGGGUCCCGGCUUGCAGGAGGCGCGGCUGCUGCCCAGCCCCGGACCGGCGCCCGGGCAGAUCGCUCUGCUCAAAUUCAGCUCGCACCGGGCCGCUGCCAUGGCCAAAAAGGCCCUGGUGGAAGGGCAGUCACACCUCUGUGGAGAGCAGGUGGCUGUGGAGUGGCUCAAGCCAGACCUGAAGCAGCGACUUCGCCAGCAGCUUGUGGGUCCCUUCUUGCGGUCCCCACAGCCAGAGGGCAGCCAGUUGGCUUUGGCAAGGGACAAGUUAGGGUUCCAAGGGGCUCGGGCUACCCUGCAGUUGCUGUGCCAACGAAUGAAGCUGGGCAGCCCUGUGUUCCUCACCAAGUGUUUGGGCAUAGGACCUGCUGGCUGGCACCGCUUCUGGUACCAGGUGGUGAUUCCUGGGCAUCCGGUGCCCUUCAGCGGCCUCAUCUGGGUUGUGCUGACCCUAGAUGGCCGGGAUGGGCAUGAGGUGGCCAAGGAUGCUGUGUCUGUACGGCUGCUGCAGACACUCAGUGAGUCUGGGGCCAACCUCCUGUGGUCUGCUGGGGCUGAGGCAGGUACCAUGGUUAAACAGUGACUCCAUUCUCUCUCCACAGGCACCCUGAAUGGGCAUGCAGAGCCUGUGUCAGGCCCCAACCCAGCAGGCCUGGGUGGCCACUUUCUGACCCCCAAAGGUGGGGAGGGGCAUGGGCCCAGGCCCAUCAGCCUCCCUGCUGGGACAGGGACCUAUGGCACCUGGGGGCAGCUUAGGUUUGGGUUAAGUUGUGGUGAGGGGCCUUGCCCUCCCCCUCCCAGCCCAGGGUCCAACCUGACCCAGUGAUCUUCCAUGGCCGUUCCUUGUCCCACCCCCACCCGAUCAUACCUUCCCCCCUCUGCCACAGCUUAGCAUGAAUCUUCUUUAUUGUCCUGAUUUGUUCUCUUUGUUGGUUUUUAUUUGUGGGGAAGGGCAGCUGAGCCAAAGGGGUCAGAAAUUCUGCCCUUUGCCUCCACCACAUGGCAUUCUGGUUUUGGUUUCUGUAUAGUUUUGGGUCUUUCUAUGCUGGUUGUAUUUAUAUUAAACCCCUGGUUAGUAUAU